AUGAUCAUGAUCGCCGACACCGUCACAGUCAUCGCCGCCAAAAGCAUCUGUAUCCUCCGUGGCUACCAAUUCUCCAUCGCCGAUUCAUCUCCCGAACAGAUCUCAGCCAUGAUCCACCCUUGCGACGCGGUGGCGCCGCCGCCGGUGAAACCUAGUACACAUAGGACUCCGAGGAGGACGCUUACCCGGAGAAGACGACGAACCAGACGGAAGCUAUCAGGCGAUGAUUCUGGAGGGGAGGGGUUAUUCUUUGGCGGCGACGGUGGUUUUGGAGGUGGAAGUGGAGGUUUUGGUGGCAGUGGAGGAGGUGGUGGUGGUGAUUGGAAUUUUAACAGAUAUGGAGAGGGAGAUAAUUGGGGUGAACAUUCGCGGUCGUUGCAGGAUCCGGCGUUCGAUUUCGUUUAUAAGGUGUUGUCUUUGAUUAUGCUGUGGAACUGUUUAUAUUUUGCGGUUAAGAAGAUUGUUAGGAUUGUUUCGGAUGGUUCGAUUGUUGAUUCUGAUAGGGAAAAGGUUCCUACCAGUUUGACUCCAAUUUGCUGA